AGACCAUAAAUGAGCUGUGUGAUCAAACUCUACCACAUGACAAGGUGAUGUCUUAUCCCUUUCCCUUACCUUCUUCCACUCAAACUCAUUCCAUGAACAUGGCAACUGCUGCGUCUGCAUGCCUUCCUUCAUACACUUGUUCUAUUAUCAGAACAAACUUAACACCACUUGGAUUAUUUUACCCGUCAAACCUCCUCAACAAGUCUUGUUCUAAAUCUAAUGGCUUCAGUUCCGCCCUCACAUGCAAGGCAUCAUCAUCAUCAUCAUCAUCUACGCCAGAUUUUGAUUUGUAUGACCUUCUUGGCAUUGAUAGCUCCUCUGAUCAGUCACAGGUGAAGAUGGCAUAUCGCUCUCUUCAGAAACGAUGCCAUCCUGACAUUGCUGGCCCUGCUGGUCAUGACAUGGCCAUCAUUCUCAAUGAAGCUUAUGCCAUUCUUUCUGACCCAAAUGCACGCCUUGCCUAUGAUAAGGAGCAAGCAAAGAGUUCAGAAUUCAAAGGCUUCACCGGCAGACCCAUAUACUCGGUUUGGUGUGGAUCAGAAAGUGAGCAGAGGGCAAUAUUUGUUGAUGAAAUCAAAUGCGUUGGUUGCUUAAAAUGUGCUUUGUUAGCUGGAAAGACUUUUGCAAUCGAGUCAGUGUAUGGAAGAGCAAGGGUUGUUGCUCAGUGGGCGGAUUCCAAACAGAAAAUUGAAGAGGCAAUAGAAUCUUGUCCUGUCAAUUGCAUUUCGGUUGUUGAGAGGUCCAACCUUGCAGCUUUGGAGUUCUUGAUGUCCAAGCAGCCACGUGGCAACGUAAGGGUAGGUGCAGGUAAUACAGCUGGUGCUCGUGUCUCAAACAUAUUUGUAGAUGUGGAGAAGUUUCAGACAAGAUUCCAGGAAACAAUGGAAAAGGCUUCUAGGUGUUCUAAGGAAACAGACCUCCAAAGAGAAUCACGAAUGUCAGCAAUUCAGGCAAUAAGAUCAAUUUCUAAUUGGUUAUAUUGGCAAUCACCUAGUGCCAGCGGUAGCUCAUCAAAAUCUGAAAAAAGCAUGACAAGAGUUGUAUAUAAAUUGCCUGAGCCUGAUAUUGGCAAGCUCAGAGAUGCUGCUGCAAGGAAGAAAGUAAGAGAAAGGACAGGGACCAACCAUCAAACCCAAUUAAAUACCAUUCAUCCUGAGGAGUAUUGGACUCCAUCAACUUAUGUUCUUCCAUCUUCAACUAGAAGUAAUGCUACUCAAACACCAGCUGAGAAGCCUUCAGUUACUACAGGACAGAAAAAAACAGAUGAAAGAGAUAUUGACACAUAUGAAAAUGAAAAUAGCCCUAUAAGGUGGGGAUUACCAAUGCUUACAGCAUUGACUGCAGUGGCUACAGUUCGAUUACAUGCGGUCGAGUUAACACCUGAGUUGAAACAACAUGUGGGUGGUUCUCUAGCUUUGGAAAUUGUUAACAGCUCUUGGUUGCAGUGUGUGCUGGCAGCAGCUACAUGGUAUAUGAUUGGACUGGCAAUUGUAGACCUUGUGGCCAUCUUUGGAAAUAAAAAUAGAUAGAAGUACAUCAUACAUGCUGAAAAGUUUAAUAGCAAAGAUAGGAUAGAUACAUGUAAUAAGCCGUAUUUGAAGAAACACAUGAAUCACCGCAAUUGAUGUACAACAAUUUCUCCAUUAUGAAUGCCAUACUUGAUUACUUCUUUGACUCAGCUUCUUCUGGAACUCGAAAGUGAAAUAUUGACCCAAACUUGUUGGGAUUUAAAAUCUACCACUUUCUUGCAGCUUUUCCCCAUAUGGUCCAAGGACAUUGAAAACUCUACUUGAUGUCUGUCUCACAGGUAAUGUUCUAUUGAUGUCGGUAUUUCGAUAAAUGUGUAACUCCCUAUUUAAUUUGGGAUAUAACUUAAUGUUUGACGUGCCUUUCACUCUAUUAAGCACGAGAAUAAGGAGGCUAGAUUACAUUCCUUUCCAUUAGAUUGCACUCAGAAAAUAGAUUGCAAUGAGUUACACCUGAUUUUGUAAUGCGUGCUCUACAAAAGAAAUUGAAUUGACUUGAGGUAGGUCAGUACUCAGUAGCGUAAUAAAAAUUGUGUUCGGAGUAAGAAUUAGGAAAUAACUAUUUAUGUUGGUGCCUCUUUAUUUUUAGAAUCAAUCGAUUGCAUUUUUCAUGCUUGUAUGAAGCUUACAAGGAUGCUUAUUAACCAACAAGGCCUUGGAUGAUUCAAUAAUUUUUUCUAUAUAAUUAUGAUUAUUUAUCAUCUUCGUUGGUUAAUAUUUUUCAGUAACAAUAAUAUAUCUGUUCACCCUUUUGUUUUUCUCUUAUGAAUACACUUUCACAUUGAAGAACUAAAUUCCUUAGUUUCAAGGGAUGAACGAAGAUG